GGGGGGGGGGCUUCUGGUCCCGUUCAGAGAAAGUGCCACGACUCUGCAGGCUGACGGACUGAGAGCUGAGACUUCCUGUUUGACACGAAUCAGUCAUGGACGUCUCCGACCCCCAGACCCUCGGCUUUAUGGUCUUUGGAGGCUUCAUUUUCAUUUCGGCGGUGGGCAUCACCCUCGUCUCCACGCUCUCCAUGAAGGAGACAUCGUAUGAGGAGGCACUGGCCAAACAGCGCCAGAAGCUGGUCCAAACACAGACUCAGAGAGCAGAGAAGAAGAAGAAGGAGAAGACCCUAGAGAAGAAGAACAAAGCCAAGAAGAAGGAGGAACAGCCAGAUGGGAAGCUCUCAGAACCAGGCAGUGAUGGUGGUGAGGAGCCUGAGGUGGUGGCUUGUACCGAGCCGCAAUCUGACCCCGAACCUGCCACAGAGCCCAUGGCUGCCCCUGAAAUGCCUGAACCAGAACCAGAACCAGAACCAAAACCAGAACCCGCAGCGGUCACUUCCGCCACCAUCGAGUCUCGUCCAGCCUCCUCACCAAAGGAGAAGAAGAAGAAGAAGUCAGCCAAGGUGGAACCAGCUGCUGUGCUGGAAACUGUUAAUAAGGAAGUUCUGGUCAUGGCAAUGGCGCCGGUGGUAGACAUUCCUCCAGUAAACGUUGUUUCUGAAGUGACCAGAGAACCAUCAGCUGCUAAAACCGAAGAACCCAAAGAGAGUUCAAGCAAGAAGAAGAAGUCCAAGACCAAACUGGAGCCAGUGACCGACUCCGCCAGUUCCUCCCUGCUGCUGCCAUACAGCGAGCUGCUGUUCGUUGUAUCCAACAUGGCACUCAGUGAUGACGAGUUGCACAAACUCAUGGAGGUCCUGAACCAGAGGGCCAAUGUCCGCCACGACUCCUGGCAGCUGGCCUGUCAGAAAGGAGACCCACUGUCCACUCUGAAGAAACAGCUGGAGGAGAAAGAUAAGCUGCUCACCACUGAGCAGGAGGACGCCGCCACCGCCAAAAGCCGCCUCCGAGAACUCAGCAAGGAACUUGGUGCACAUAAAUCCAAGAUGGCGUCUUUGGAUGCCAGUCUGAAGGCAGAGCUCAGUGCUCGGGUUCAAGAGGUCGACACCAUGCGGGCCAGAAUGGAGGCUGCUCACCAGGAACAUCUGAAACACACCCAGCAACUCAACCAGAAGAUUGGAAGUCUGCAGGAACAGCUGGAGAAUGGUCCCAAUGCUCAGCUGGCCCGACUGCAGCAGGAGAACUCCAUCCUCCGAGACGCCCUGAACCAGGCCACCAGCCAGGCCGAGAGCAGGCAGAACGCGGAGCUGGCCCGUCUCAGGCAGGACUGUGUCCAUCUGGGUCGGGAGCUGACCGAGUGUACCGAUGCUCUGCGGGCCAACGAGGAGCUCAGGAAGAGCCUGGAGGCCAAGAUGGCCGCUGCUGAGCAAGAACUGGCCCAAGUUCAGCUGGUGCGUGAGGACACGGAGCGUGCUCUGAAGCAGCACCUGGAGGAAGUGCGCUUGGAGCUGAAAGCAUCGCAGCAGGAAGCUGCUGCUGUUAGCGAGCUGAAGGGGGCGCUGGCGUCUGAACUGCAGGAGCUCAAGGUCCAGCUGGAGAACCAGGCUGCAGUCCAGGCGGAGCGCUCGUCUGAAGUGCAGCAGCUGAAGAACUGUGUGCAGCGCAGAGACGAGCAGGUCGUCUCUCUGGAGGCGGAGCUUGAUCGGCUGAGGGCGGAGCUACAGCUGCUGACGUCAACACAGUCCCAGAGAGCGGAGGAAGACGCCAACGAAGCAGCAGCUGGUGAUCAGACGCAGAGAGACAGUUCAGGAAGUGAGACGGAGUCUGAGCAGCCGUUUGAAAGUCUGGAGAAAGACUCUGAGCUGCUGCGUCUGGAGGAGGAGCUACAGCAGCUCAGAGAGGAGCUGCAACAGGCUCGUAACCACGGCAACGAGCUGCAGGACAAAAUGGCAGCGUUUUCCACUGCAGAGCGUCAGAGCGAGCAGCGGGAAGCGGAGCUGAAAGCAGCGCUGACUGAGGUGGAGUCCAGGUUUGCUGCCUUGUGUUUGGACUUCCAGGCGUCGCUGCAGAUUCUGUUUCCAGGUGUCUCUGUGGAGGCGGAGCAGAGCGACUGGCUGCAACGUUUCACUCAGAAAGCUGAGGAGAGUAAAAGUGUUGCAGAGAGCGCUCACUCCGAGCUGCAGUCGAGGCUGACGGAGGCUGACAGGAAACAGAGCGAACUGCAGACAAGGUUCGAUCAGAACACUAAAGUGCUGCAGGAAAUGGAGGCGGAGCUUCAGGUGCUGCAGCGACGCUCUGAAGAAGAAGAAACUGUGUGGAAGAAGAAACUGUCUGAAGCCGAACAGCAGAAACAAACAGUCCUGGAUCAGCUGCAGCUGCUGCAGGAUGAAGUCCGAUCACAGAGGACAGAGACAGACAACACUCAGCAGUUGAAGGAGCAGCUGAUGUUAUUGGAGGCUCAGCUGGAGAAACAGCUGGAGGAGGCCAGCUUCACCCAGAGCUGCUGUGAGGAGCUUGCUCAGGUGCAGUCUCAGGUGCAGCAGAUGUCCGUCAGGCUGCAGGUGGAGCAGGAGCAGCGGCAGCAGCUGGAAAAACAGCUGCAGCAGGCUCAACAGGAAGUGAUGGAGCUGCAGCAGCGGGUGGAGGCUGAUCAGAGAUCUGAGGUUUCUGUCUCUUCAUGCAUUCUUCAUGCCUCGAUCGUUGUUUAGACUGACGAUUUAAACCAAAGUUAAAAUGGGGUUUUGGUGGCUUGGUGGAUAGAACAGGUGCCCCAUGCACAAGGCGGUUGCCGCAACUGCUUGGGUUCGAUUCCAGCCUGUGGCCCUUUGCUACAUGUCAUUCCCUCUCUCCCCCCUUCAUGCUUAGCUUCCCUAUCAAUUAAAAGCAAAAAUGCCCAAAAGUAUAUCUAAAAAAAAAAAAAAACAGGUUUAAUGUCUGUGUACUGAGACAGGAAGUGUGGCCUCGUCAAAGUAAAAGUCAUUAGAGGAUUUAAGUAAAAGUCACAUGUAGAAGUUCGGGCACCCCUGGUUUAAUAUUAGAUGAGUAGAAGAUGAACUAAGAUCCAGCUUUUUAAUUUCAUCUUUUACAGUUUCAAAAUAACAAAAAAUAAAAAGGGUCUGAAGCUAAAGUUUGGACUCCUACAUGGUCAGUGCUCAGUAGCGCCCCCUUCCUCUAAACACUGUUUGUAUCCAGCUCAGAGUCUUUCAGGAGGAUUUCUUCUUGGGCCGUCUUCAUGCUCUGCUCUUUGAGCUCUAUCCACAGAUGUUUAAUGAUGUUUAGGUCGGGGGACUGUGAGGGGCGUGGCCAAAUCUUCAGCUUGCUCCUCCUGAGGUCGUCCAUUGUGGAUUUGGAGGUGUGUUACGGAUCAUCCUCUCUUCAUCUUCAGCUCUGUUACAGAUACUGUGAUGUCUGGAAUUUAAUUGAUCCAUUCUUCCCUCUACCUGUGAAAUGUUCCCCGUGUCACUGGCUGCAACACAAGCCCAAAGAGUC